UUUAUGCACAGUGUCACUAAACCAUGCAGGUAGGUAUUUUCAGAUCAUCAUUACGGUUACUUUAUAAAUGAAGUGCAUACAAGACGUCUUCUCGUGGAACUUUUUCCAUUUUUUCAAGCGAAAGAUUUACUGUUCAGCAAAGCAAGCGAUCGCAUUCUGCCGUGUUUUAUAGAGAUCUAAUUUAAUAAAAGUCUUCAAGAAGUAAAUUGUUGUGCUUUUUGUUUUAGUCCACUGUGGUGCUGUCUUUCUUUUUCUUUUUUUUUUAUGAAACAGUGGUCAAGGAUGGUGUUGAGGUCUACAGUUUUAUUACAAUCAUACCGACUUGGUGCACACAAACUGCUCUCCUCAGAUAACCUGCCAAUGUCCUAAUCUCGUCCUUGUUGGACGAGGGUCAUUAUCUUGAUCGUUCAGAGAAUUGCCGCUCUCUUGACAAAGGGGCUAGUCUUUUCCCUGUUUACCAACUUAUCUCCGAUUGCUUAAAAGGUAGAAAUGGGUUUUGAAAGGACAAAAAAAAAAAACCCACACAGCAGAGAGACUGUAAAGAUAAGACUUGGGGUAAUUAACAGUAAAAGGUUUCUGUAAUACUCCUUCAUUCAUUGGCUGUUGUGGGUGGGGGUGGAGGAUUUCUACAGCACAAGGAUCCAAGAUGUGAGGAUCUUCGUAUUAAACAGGGAGCAGGUGGAUCAGGACACUUCGUGUCAUCAUGGGUUACGGAGCAUUGCGGUAUUUGAGUGUGGUCUGUGCUGCAGGAGCUGUCCUGUGUAGUGUCGAGAGCACUAGUUCUGGAUCACAGGUUCUCCAAACCCUGCACUGUCCACCCUGCGAGCGCAUCCACUGCUCGCCUCGGAGGGCGCUGAGGCUCCAGUGUAAGGGGGGUGUGACUACGGGCGUCUGCGGCUGCUGCCCUGCGUGUGCAAAACAAGUCGGGGAGAGCUGUGGAGGAACGUGGGACUACCUGGGGAAGUGUGAUGAAGGCUUGGUGUGUGUGUACCAGGAAGCUGCUGAGAGCAAGCCAGGUGCAGAGCAUAAAGGGAAAUGCAAGUCAGUACUAGAAGUCCUUGAAAGAGACACUUGUCGUCCAGACUGUACAUGGGAAUUCUGUCAGGCAAACCCCAAUGAAAUCUGCUCUGCCAGGUCUGUAUCAGUGGAAAAGCGUGAGUGUGGAGGUUUCUGUCAACACACCACCUGCUCCAGCUGUUUGAUUCUCAAGCGUCCAGUGUGUUCUCAGGCUUGUGGUCAAACAGACCAUAUCUGCCUGCAUCGUUUUGGGAGGUGUGUGCACAGCCACCUGGAGGAACAGGGACAGGCAGCAUGCCACCAAAACCUGCAGAGUAACAGUGAGGGCUACUUCAUGUGUUUGGCUCCUGCUUGUCCAGAUGCUGAAGAAUAAUCAUGCGUUUGAGAUGGACCUGCUCCAAUGUGAUCGAGAAUUAAAAUGUAGCAUAUUAAGGCAGCUAUUUUUAUACAUGAUUUUUUUUGUAAGCUUUGUGAUUGCAGAUUUCAGAUUAUAAAUUGGCUGAGUUAUGCAUUUUGAUCAGUUUAUUUGAUUUCAUUUAUUACUGUGCAUUUGUAUUUACUCCCAAUCAGGCAUAACAUUAUGACCACCUGCCUAAUAUUGGUGGCGUUCCCCCCUCUUGCUGCUGAAACAGCCCUGACCCAUCAUGCACUGUGUAUUCUGACCCUUUUCUAUCAGAACCAGCAUUAACUUCUUCAGCAAUUUGAGCAACAGUAGCUCGUCUGUUGGAUCGGAUCACACGGACCAGCCUUCUCUCCCCAUGUGCAUCAGUGAGCCUUGGCCGCCCAUGACCCUGUCACCGGUUCACCACUGUUCCUUCCUUGGACCACUUUUAAUAGAUACUGACCACUGCAGACCGGGAACACCCCACAGGAGCUGCAGUUUUGGAGAUGCUCUGAUCCAGUGGUCUAGCCAUCACAAUAUGGCCCUUUUGGUCAAACUCACUCAAAUCCUUACCCUUGUCCAUUUUUCCUGCUUCUAACACAUCAACUUUGAGGACAAAAUGUUCACUUGCUGCCUAAUAUAUCCCACCCACUAACAGGUGCCAUGAUGAGAUCAUCAUCAGUCUUAUUCACUUCACCUGGCACUGCUCACAAUGUUAUGCCUGAUCGGUGUAUAACGUCCAUAAUAUUAGCUAUAAGACGUUUGUCAGAUUCAAACAAUGCCAGUAUUAAAUAAACAGAUUUUCUUUUAUAAAUGAAAGUCAUCUGAUUUCUCUUCUUUGCAGCCAUUUCUAAAUGGGACUGAUAAGAUCAGAUAGUUAAGUAUUAAGGCACAAUGUGAUCUCUGAGGAAAAGAUGCCCACCUGAGACAAUCUCUCACGCCUGGUGGGCUGUUACUGAAUAACAGGGAAUUUAUGGAGCUGUAAUAAGACAUUUACCCACAGGCUAGGGGAAAAAAAAGAAGCCUAGACAUACAAUAG